AUGGCUCAAAAGGCCGAGAAUGAUUUGACCUUUUGGCAGACCGAAGACAGAGACGAAACGGCGGAACUUGCUCAAAGGAUGCUGGAAUGCGUAGAGCUUCAACUUGACUAUGGACUACUCGAAAAUCGUUCCAAAAGCAAGAUCGCACAUAUCAAGGAAAGAGUAACUAGCCUCCAGAACAUCAUUCGUAGUACAAAUCCGGCUCUAGCAAGUGUUGACCGUCUCAAGAACACAUUCAGCAUCGCGCGCCAUGAUCCACACUACACUGAAGCACUAGGCCUACAGAGGGGGUUACUGGAAAAGCAACAACACGUAUCGCGGCUCCAGAAAGAGAAAGCAGAAAUCGAGAAUAAAGUACAAGAAGCGAAAGAGCAGUGGCAUAUGUACAUGCGGGCUAUUCCGAUUGAUCAUGACGACGCCUUUAUCAAAGCAGGUAUCUUGUCGGACUAUGCGAACUAUGACAGCGAAGAUUCCUCAGGUAGCGAGAUUACAUCAAAUGAAGGAUUUGGCCAAUCAAAAGAGGUAGAGAACAAGUCACAUGAAACUCCAGGCAAAGGAUCACAAGAGUCAAUUACUGAAGAUAGGUGGACUAUAGUUUUGCACGAGGGUAUUUCUACAAAGAAACCUACGUCGAUCGGCAAUGAGGCAGGCUCUCAUAGCAACAUAUGUGUUCCAGGUACAGCCCAGCUCCUGGAAGAAACCAAGACACAGAAUAAAUUCCUGUCGGCAACAGUGGCGCUCCAGAAAGCCGGGAAAGCGCACGUAAAUCAUCGAAGCUGCUACAAAGAGGAAUUUGCUAGAUUCAUUGAAAAGAACCCAACCAUCCCGGUGGCACAGCUCGCCUCCAUGUUUGGUCCGAUCUGGGUGCAGCGUGGCCAAAGGCUGACAUGCGAAUUACGCGACGCGGAGAGAGUAUCCGCUGAAGCAGAGAAACGCGUGCUUGAUACAAAUUCGUUCAAGGUUCCAAGAUCUAUCAUUGACCCAGCCACAGAGUUGCAUAUAGAUGACGAUGAGCUCGACGCCCGUUACGUCAACCCCGACUACAUUACCAAAUGGCACUCCAUCAAAGGUGAUAUGGUAUCUCCACCAUCUUGCUAUUCCAUAGCAACAUCUGAUGUACAAAACUCUGUCAUUGACAAAAUUAAUAUCAAGCGUGCCGCCAGCUCAAAAAGCAUACUCAAGACCUCGGAAGACCAGCGAUUGUCAGCGCCCUCGUCCAGUGCAAGAUUGGACGCGUGUGCAGUCAACGCUGAUUCACCAAUGCAGGUAGAUCCAUCGGCUGACGAGAUCUUCGAACAGACUUCUGCGGAAAAGAAUAUCUCCAUGGGCAAAGCAGAUUUGAAGCCCGGCCUGACCACUCUUAUUCCUCGCAACUGGAACCACGAUCGAUACCACCCAAUCCCCGAUAUGUCUGUACAAGGUGAUUUAAGUCCCCGCACUGAAUCGCAAAUCCGCGGGAUGGAUGAGCAAAUACUCCAGAUUGAAGGUGUGGCACAGGUGGCCGAUUGGGCUAUACAUGAGUUAUUGGAUGCGCGUUCGUACUUGCACCAACAGUCUGCAGAACGGAAAGCCGAGCGAUACCGAGAAGCUCGACAGAAGCUGUUGAAUGCAAUGCUGGAAAAACUACCCCGCGAGCUCCGAGACAUGAUCUACCUGGAGCUAUACCAAGAUAGUCAGGACGAACCAUUCGAGAUCGUGGACAAUAGUACCAUACAUCCACACGAUAACUCGCAUGAAUUCGAGCCUAUCGUCAAAGCCUAUGAGACGCCGUACUGGAUGAUAGAGGUCGAGGUUGGAUAUGAGUUUGCAAAAGAAGCGGUAGAGAUCUGGUACAAGCAUGUAUCUCUUUCGGUCGACGUAAAACUUCUGCCACAACUCUUGCAAGACGAAGAUGGAGUGCUGUAUAACAAUGGAGCACCAUCCGUUCGCACACACGAGUUCCUCAGGAAGCUGCAAGUCGUCAUUGGGCCCGCGUCAACAUCGGACUCGUAUGGCGGCAGACCAAGAGGUCGAGCAGUCCACAUCCAACAAACAUGUCAAUCGUUCUCUGCUUUGUCGACGGAGGCGAGCGUCGCGCGAAAGAAGGAUUUUGAGCUUCACAUCGCCUUCCGAUGGGUUUCGGUCUAUGAACGUCUAAGCUACAUCGAUGCGCUCGACACGCUUGCAGAGUGGCUUUGCCACGACCAGCUCAUCUUACUGGCUUCAUUACAGGUAGAUACUGCGCGGCCAGAGACAACAGACAGAAAGCAUGUAGUUGAGGCGCGUCUGUCUUUGGUGAAGCGGUCGAGGGCACGGUUCUUCAAGCGCAUCUUCAGUGAUGCUUUGUUCCGGAGAGAGCCGGAUGUCAGCGACAUGCAGCGAUCGCGGCGCGUGCUGGUAAGGAGCUCAGGAGGCAUGCCGGAAGAGUCUUCGAACUGGAGAUCAUCGCUUUUCGAUGUUCAAUGUCAGGAUGAAGAGCGUCGUGGGUUAAGAGAUGGGGCAAGUGUAGCCGGUAGCGACAUGCAUGCCGCCGAACGACCUAUUCUAGCACCGAGCCACGAGCAGAUACCAGUGCGCUAUUCUGACUGGUUCUAUUCAUUGCUGUCUGGACUGAUCCAUCCCCAUCCAUCCGACCCCAUCCAUCCGACCCCAUCCAUCUACGGAUUGAUUGAACGUGGACGUAGUUCUUACACAGAACCCGACGCUGUACAUACUCCGUCUCGAUUGCAUCUGAUAAUGCUCAGCAUGCGAUUCAUUGUAUCUCUUGCCUGCCUGCUUUCUAUCAUUAUUCAUGCCGAUGCAGCGGGACAGAAGUGCAAGUGUACACCGGAUGAUAUCUGCUGGCCGUCUACUGAUGAAUGGAAUAAUUUGAACAAAACACUCCAUGGCGCACUCAUUCGUGGUAUUCCUCCAGGUGCAGUUUGCUACCCUUCACGACCUGAAUUCGAUCAGCAAGCAUGCGCUUCUGUUGCCUCAGAAUGGUACAAUUCCUCAUAUCACGCUACGAAUCCGGUCAGUAUUGAUUAUCCGAUAUGGGCAAACAACUCGUGCAAUCCCAUAUUUCCUAACGGCACUGGCAUCACUGGCAGUCCAUACGCUAAGGCAAAGGGCUGUAGUAUUGGCAGAUACCCAGCUUAUGUAGUAAAUGCGACCUCCGCAGAUCAAGUCAGCAAAGCUUUGGUUUGGGCGGGUGCAAGGAACAUCCGGCUCGUUGUCAAAGCGACGGGCCACUCGUAUCAAGGUCGUAGUACUGGACACGGCAGUUUGAGUAUCUGGACACACCAUAUGCGUGGUAUCGACUACAUCCCUUUCUUUCAGCCCACAUCAUGUUUCUACAAAAGGCCUUUGACCGCAGUCCGUGUAGCAGCCGGUCACAUGAAUAUUGAUGUUCAGGAAGCAGUCGCGAUGCAUGGAAUGGCCAUCGUGACGGGCGCUAAUCCAAGCGUCGGGCUCAUCGGAUGGCUCACAGGCGGCGGUCAUGGUCCACUCUCUACUCGUUAUGGCAUGGGUGCUGAUAACUUGCUUGAAGCUACCGUUGUUACACCGGACGGUAAAGUGGUUCUUACAAACCCAUGUCGCAAUGAAGAUUUGUUCUUUGCUAUACGAGGCGGAGGCGGAAGUACAUUCGGGGUUAUCACUGAGGUUGUCGUCCGCACAUUUCCUUCUCCAAGCACCAUCGCGCAUACGUUCCAAGUUCGUUCAAAAAGCUCGAGCACGAACGCCGAGUUCUACGAUUUCCUAGGCUUCUUGCACUCAAAAAUGCAGAUGCUAAAGGAAAACGGCAUGCAAGGUUACUACUUAAUAGUUGGGCCGCCUAUAGUCCCUACUCUAUCGUUCUCAUGGACAUUCCUGCUUUACGACACACCGAGUGGAACGAUCAAGCGACUCAUGGGUCGCGUGGAAGCGUACUUGUACGAUAGAAACUAUGCCUUCGAAUGGCAAUCUGUCAUGACGCAAACGAAAACGUACCUGGAGAUGCACAAAGCCAACUUCACGAACGAACAAGUCGCAAACGGCGGUUCAGCUUAUGGAUCGAGGUUACUCAGUGCCGAGAGUCUAGCGAAUGCGAACAAGACUGCGGCAGUCUUCUCAGAGAUUGGUCCCAGUAGUGAAGCGUUGAAACCAAAUGGCCCGGUAGCAAAUACUCUCCUGAUCGGUCACAUGAUCGCCUCGCCUAACGAGCCACUUUAUUACCCCACCCACAGCUCCCUUAAUCCCGCAUGGCGCGAGACUCUUACGCACCUCAUUGUCGUAUCUCCUUUCGGUGACAUUGCGUCUCAAAAGCUCGUGGAUGCUGUAUACACGGAUAUCACGUACAACAAGACGGAAGCACUUCGGCGACUCAGCCCAAAUACUGGAGCGUACUUCAACGAAGGAGACAUCUAUGAGCCGGAAUGGCAGUAUGCGUUUUGGGGUGGUAAUUAUGAAAGACUCAGGAAGACGAAGAGAAAACUUGAUCCACGCAACUUAUUCUGGUGUCGCAGAUGUGUGGGAAGUGAGGCAUUGGCAGAGAGUAAGGAUGGGCGGUUGUGCCAGGCGAGCGCCAGGGACGGCCAUGAUGAGCUUUAG